AACAAGUCCAUCAUGAAGCUGCUGGUGCACCUGUGCUUCCUCUCAACUUUAUUACAAGAUGCAUGCCUGAUGAAGGCCAGGAGAACAUCUAUGAAUGUCAAAGAGGGGGAGAUGGCGUUGCUGUUGUGCCCUCUCCGCCAAGAUCAUAGUGCCAUUGUGACCUGGACCACUUCCUCUAACAAGAGGAUGGCUGUGAAAAAUGAGUCAUCUGUUGAGGAGAGGGAUAUGUCUGUGCUGAUCCAUGGGAGUAAUCUCGUCAUUCUGAAAGCUUCCAUUAAUCAUCAGGGGAAUUACUCAUGUACUUGGAAUGCUGGCAGAAAUGCUUCAUCAUUUGAUUUGAAAGUCACACAAAAGAUGACCAACUACACUGUACAACAUUUUCAAGGACAACCCUUACAAUUGAAAUGCCCAACGCAUUUAAAUAUCUCUUCACUUUACCACAACAGCACUAAAUGGCAAAAGCAUCCUGGGUCACUGCCUACUUCAUUUCAUGGUUACAUCCGAAGGGUCGAUAUGAAGGACAAGGGUGUAUAUACUUGCACCACGUCUUACUUGUACGGUGGCCAGCUGUAUAACCUUACCCGCAUGACAGUGCUGGAAGUUCGUGAUGAAGAUUCGGGACAAAAUCCUGUGAUCAGUUUACCACAUGCAGGAACGAUAUUUCAGGUAGACAUAGGUUCAGAACUGGUGAUUAAAUGUGAAGCUGUUUUGUUUACGGAGCUUGAGGAGAUAUACUGGCUUAAGAGGGAGUCAUAUGUGAGUGACAGCAAGCAUGAGCCCGUGUACAGCAUCAUUGAAGAAAAUAAAAAAGAUGGACAAAUAUUGACCACAGCAUCUCUAACCUUCAAAGAAGUAACAGAAGAGCAUCUGUCUGACAACUACACCUGUCAGUUGGAAUCCCCCUCACUGAAUUCCAAAGUUACCGUCUCCCUUGUCCAAAGGGCUCGCCCUCGCUUCUCCCUGGUUCUCAGCGUUGUGGGCAUCAUGGUGGUAAUGGUUGUAGCAUCCACAGUUAUUUAUACGAAGAAGAAAAUCGACAUCACUCUCUUUUUGCGGGACACUCUUGGUUGCUUCAGCAGCAGUUCAGAUGGGAAGACCUAUGAUGCCUAUAUAUUGUGUUACAAUAGUGACACAGACGCAGGACUAAAUGAAGAUGAAAGGAGGUGGAUAGAGAAGGUUUUGGAAGAGCAGCUCAGUUACAGUCUCUGUCUCUACAAUCGUGACGUCUUACCAGGAGAAGCGAUAGCGGAGGCAGUGUUGAGCUGCAUCAAGAGGAGUCGUAGAGUAGUCCUCAUCCCAAGUUCCCCAGAUCCUGGUUCAGGUUGUGGCCUGCUGACUGCCAUCCAUUCAGCGUUGGUGGAGCGGCAGACCCAUUUGAUCCUGAUCAAAACGGAGCAGGCAGAAGUGGCAGGUUCAGGCCCUCAGCGAGACAACUCUUUCCUCGAGACGUUGCGUCUCCUCGCCAAGACGGGGAACUGCGUCACCUGGCGAGGCCCCGGCUCCCAGUCCCUCACCUCUUCCUUCUGGAGGCAGCUACGCUAUUACCUAACGGCCCCACGGCAGCUAAGUAGCAUGGAGACCCCCUUAAACAGCUACUCUGUGUGUUAG